AUGGGAAUAUCCAAAGUGCAGGUGGCGGUUGGCGACGGUCUGCCUGCGCAACUGUGCCUGCAAUGCUUGCACCAGGUAUCGAGGUGUCAUGCCUUCAAAGAGAUGGUGGAGCGGAAUGACGUCACGCUUCGCGAUCAAGCCAAAGCCGCCGCCGAGAAAGCCCUGAAGAACGAAGAGACCACACUGACUAUAAGCUGCACGGACCAGUCUCAAUACAUCCAGUACAUCGAGGUGCCGCUGUUGAACAGCAACAAUCAGAUAUUGGACGGCUUCUUCACGACUGGGACGGAGCAGACGCAGAGCAGCGAACAGGAGACAAUGCAGAAGGAAGGCUUCGAAAUAGAGAAGGAUUCACAGCCGGAGCAGAACGAGCCGGCCAAAGAGGGAGCUCUGACCAUGGACGAGGACAACUACAUGCAGCUGGUCGUGUUCCAAGUGACGUCAUCGGUGUCCCCCGGCCGCCACGUGUGCAACCUCUGCCACAAGGAGUUCAAGCACGGCCGCUGGCUGAAACUCCACAUGCGCUCCCAUUCAAACUGGAUUAAGGCCAACUGCAAGCAGCCCCCGAUGUGUCCCGUAUGCAAGCGCACUUUCAAGGGCCCCGGGAUGCUGCGCAUGCACAUGCGCACGCACGAGCAGCGCCCCCCCAAGCAGCCCACGUGCUCCGUCUGCCAGAGAACGUUCCAGACGAAGACGCUGCUCUACCGCCACAGGCAGACGCACUUCGAGCAGAAGACGCACCAGUGCAACGUGUGCGACAAACGCUUCUUUAGCGGCUACGCGUUGAGGUCGCAUUUGGCGCGGCACAGGGGCGAGAGGCCGUACAUAUGCUCGAUCUGCUCCAAGAGCUUCUACAACCCGACCGAUUUGAAGUACACA